GGGUUUCUGUCGCGAGGUUUUGAAAAAUUAAUUUUUUUCGCUAGGGUGGUAUUUUGUUAACUAAAGUUUGCGGUAGCCUGUUAAGUCUGGUUUCCCUUAACAACGGAUACAACGUACUUUGGUUUAUUAUAAAGACAUUUUAUAAAAAGUAACUUUGUUUUUCUCGUGGCUCACGCCUGGCUAUAAUUUCCGGGCUCGAGACCAGGAAGUGCUUAUGGCGGCGGUCCACCAUAUUAACUUCUGAACAGAACACAGUCACAAAACGAGCACAAGUAACACUAUCGAGGGGUGUUUUGGAAAUAUGGGCUGACGGGCUUGUUGGAGGCUUUAAGUCAAGUGGAUCUUGCUUUAUUUGUUUUUUUGAAAGUUUCGCCAGGAGUUGUAAAUGCACUUGAGAAGGUUGUUGUUGGCAGUGAAAUGUGUAGCUCGGUUAAAAAAGAUUUUCCAUGCAUCCUGCUGUGUCCUGUGACCGAAGAACAAUGAACUCUGUGUCACCCAGUUCGGCACAGUACCGAGGCAUGGCACCCGAUGAGGUCCUGCCUGCAGAUUACAGCAAAAAACACCUGAUUGGACAGAGUCCGAGUCCCAGAGAUGUCAAGAGCCACUUUGCCCACCUUACUGAGGCUGGGAGGUCUAGUGAGCCAGAUGAAGUAGACAAGAUUAAAGCCAAGUUUAUGUCUGCCUGGAAUAAUGUCAAAUAUGGCUGGACAGUGAAAACCAAGACCAAUUUUAACAAAACCUCACCUUUGACGCUUCUGGGCCGAACGUACAUCUUGGAUAAUGAAGAUGCUAUUGAUCAGUUUCGCAAAAAUUUCAUCUCCCUUAUCUGGCUGACAUAUCGACGUGAAUUCCAGCCGCUAGAGGGCUCUGUGUGGACGACCGACUGUGGCUGGGGCUGCAUGCUACGUAGUGGACAGAUGUUGCUUGCUCAAGGUCUGCUUGCUCACCUACUUCCUUCAGGGUGGACGUGGCCGGAUGCCUUGCAGCUUACUGAUGUUGAAAUGGAGGCACUAAAGCCCCAGUCCCCAUCCCCAUCCAGCCCCGUGCUGGGUGUCCCACAUAUAUUCACAUUGCAUUCCUCUAGAGACCAGAGCAGAUUGGAUGGUGUACGACUUCAUGGCUCUCCUUUGCAUGCUCGGUCAAGGGGGCAAAGCUGGGACCCUGAAGCUGAUCACAUGCACCGCCGAGUAAUUGCGUGGUUUGGUGAUCAUCCAAAUGCCCCAUUCAGUGUGCACAAGCUAGUGGAAUAUGGCAAGAGCUCAGGAAAGAAGGCUGGAGAUUGGUAUGGUCCCUCCAUUGUAGCACAUAUUAUCCGUAAAGCCGUAUCACAAGCUUCAGAGCUUUCCAACUUGGUGGUCUAUGUGGCACAAGACUGUACAGUGUAUAAAGGAGAUGUGGAGAGACUUUGCGAGUCAAACACAACGGGCAGCUCCUAUAAACACAGUGCUGAUGGGAAGUCUGUCAUCAUCCUUGUUCCUGUUCGCCUUGGAGGAGAAAUGCUGAAUCCGAUCUACAAGGAAUGUGUGAAGGACAUCCUUCGCUUAGAUUGCUGCAUCGGCAUAAUUGGUGGAAGACCGAAGCACUCCCUCUACUUUAUUGGGUUUCAAGACGAUCACUUACUGUAUCUGGACCCUCACUACUGCCAGGCUGUGGUGGACAUUACAAAGAACAAUUUCCCCCUUGAGUCAUUUCACUGUAGUUCCCCACGGAAAGUUUCCUUCUCUCGCAUGGAUCCCAGCUGCACUAUUGGAUUCUAUGCCAAGGACAAGAAGGACUUUGAAUCUCUCUGUGCUAAAGUGACCACAGCCUUGACUUCAUGCUCAAAGGAGAAAUACCCAAUCUUCACGUUUGCGGAAGGCUAUGGACAGGAUUAUGGCGUCGAUGACCUCUGUACUUCUUCACCUGACCAAGCAAGUGUCGCACCUGCACCUAGCAGGCCAAGGAUGGCAAAACGGGCCAGCGCUGAUGACUUUGUCUUUUUGUGAGGCAUAUCCCAGGGUGUAAAAAAAACUGCAAAUUUUAAAACUUUUUUUAUAUGUAGUUUUGUGAAAACGUUUAUCUAUCUACUAACUUUGCCACCUUGGGUGUUUUUCAAUCAAAAUGGAGCUUUCUUUAGAUUGAGGGUUUUAAGAAAAGCUUGACUUGAUUUUCUCAGGGCUGUGGUCAGUCCCCUACCCCCAAGGUGGUCCUUUUUCUAAUGAUGUUUGCAUCCAUGUUGCUGUUCAGGUCCAGGCCAGUUUUGCACUUCGUCCUCCUCCUCUUAAAUCCCAUGACUGCCCCUGAGCACAUGGGCGCUUGGCAUAUCCACAGUUACAAGGCAUCUCCCGAGUAAUGGCGAGGAUGGACAGCAACAUGGAGGUCACGAAGGUGAACCAAAUGUGAGGCCAUCUUCGUCAUUCAGGUGGGUUGUGACCUGACAGCAGAGAGCUUUCAUGGGUCUUUUAUAAAGAACCUAAUGAUGAUUUUUAUUUUCUGCACACUUGCAUUGUUUGCCUUCAUUUUUGAUUCGAUUCUGUCAAUGACUACUGCACUUACUGACCGACUGACUGACUGACCCCACAACUGCUCUGGAAAUGCACCUUUUGUAAUUUGGUGGGCUUAAGGGUUCAGUCUGAACAAGUUACUUCCCGGCUGCCUCUGCAUUUAAGGUCAUCAUGUUGCGUGAACUGCUACUGACACUACUAACUCGGUUAGCCCCUCUACAUCCACACCCAGACUUGGCAGAGGUGUGUGGAAAGUCUCUCUGGUCCACGGUAGACUGGUUGGCUCCCACUGUCCGGCAGGGCAUUCCUGGCCUAUGUGUUGUACGUGUGUUGGAUUUCUUGACUUGUGUUGCUUUUCACUGAGAAGUCGGGGAUUUGGCCGUGGUGGGCUGUGACCAGUUAAAGAUGUGCUUUGUGUGUCAGCAGUCGGAUGUCUGAAUAUCCCGAUUUUUUUUAUUUAAUUUUUUUUUUUUUUAAUACUUGCAGUGAUGGCGCAUCUCCAAGACUUGAGUGUUUAUUAUUUUUUUAAGAGUAUUUUGCUGUAUAAUUUAGAUGUUUCUAUAUAAGGUGCCAUGGAGUACUUGAACCGCAGCUCUGCUCAUUUGGGGCCGAUCACCCGGGGAAAAAAAGCCUCCGACACUAAGUGGUCACCAACCUCCUCGGUUUCCUUUUGUUUCGUAAGGCUGACGCCGGCGUGCUUCACUCUUCAUUAUGUACUGUAUGCUGGGUAAAUCUGACCGUGUGUGUGUGUGUUUGGAUCAAGUGAACAUCGGCCAUUAUCUUCUGUUCAGUUUCACAUUUGCUUCGUUUCUAGGGGGUUUAGUAAAGAGUUUCUCUAUAUUUAUAAGUACAGGAAUGUAAUGAGAUGACGACACAUGGAAACUGCAGGUUUUGAUUUCUAAACAUUUUUAAUAAAAUUCUUAAAUUUG